CUUGGGGGCGGAGAAGAUGGCUGGCGGACGUCUGCUGUUGGGGGGCGACUUCCUGUCGCCGCCGCCGCUGCCCCCCCUCCCGCCGCCGCCGCUGCCGCCCCUCCCGCCGCCCCCGCCCGAGCCAGUGCUGGAGCAGUGGCGCUAUAGCCACGAAAGUGACUGGCAGUGGGCUCUGCGGCGCAGCUUCAUCUGUCGGCACCUGCACAGCUAUCCCGGGGCUGCCCUCGACCAGCUCCUCGCGCUCUCCGCCGCCUGGACCAACCACGUUUUCCUGGGCUGCAGGUACAGCCCACGCUUGAUGGAAAAGAUUCUCCAAAUGGCUGAAGGUAUUGAUAUUGGGGAGAUGCCUUCCUAUGACCUGAUGCUGUCCAAACCUUCCAAGGGUCAGAAACGCCACCUCUCCACAUGCGAUGGUCAAAAUCCUCCUAAAAAGCAAGCCGGUUCCAAAUUCCAUGCGAGACCUCGUUUUGAGCCUGUACAUUUUGUAGCUAGUAGUUCAAAAGAUGAAAGACAGGAAGAUCCUUAUGGCCCUCAAACAAAAGAGGCAAAUGAACAAACACAUUUUGCCAGCAUGCCGAGAGACAUCUACCAAGAUUACACUCAAGACUCUUUCAGUGUACAAGAUGGGAAUUCUCAAUAUUGUGAUUCAUCAGGAUUUAUUUUCACAAAAGACCAGCCUGUGACAGCCAACAUGUAUUUUGACAGUGGGAACCCUGCCCCCAGCAGCACAUCACAGCAGGCAAACUCUCAGUCAGCUCCUGAGCCUCCACCAUCACAGACAUUUCCUGAGUCAGUGGUAGCUGAGAAGCAGUAUUUUAUUGAAAAAUUAACAGCGACUAUCUGGAAGAACCUUUCUAAUCCAGAGAUGACUUCUGGUUCUGAUAAGAUUAAUUAUACAUAUAUGUUAACUCGUUGUAUUCAGGCAUGUAAGACAAAUCCUGAGUAUAUAUAUGCUCCUUUAAAAGAAAUUCCUCCUGCUGACAUCCCCAAAAAUAAAAAACUUCUAACAGAUGGUUAUGCUUGUGAAGUUAGAUGCCAAAAUAUCUACUUAACUACAGGUUAUGCUGGCAGCAAGAAUGGGUCCAGGGAUCGAGCUACUGAGCUAGCCGUAAAACUCUUGCAGAAACGUAUUGAAGUGAGGGUUGUCCGACGGAAAUUCAAGCACACAAUUGGAGAGGACCUUGUGGUGUGUCAGAUUGGCAUGCCUUCAUAUGAAUUUCCUCCAGCUCUGAAACCACCAGAAGAGCUGGUGGUGCUAGCUAAAGAUGCUUCUGGGCAGCCGAUUUUUAAUGCUUCUGCCAAACACUGGACCAAUUUUGUUCUUACAGAAAAUGCAAAUGAUGCAAUUGGUAUCCUUAACAAUUCUGCCUCAUACAACAAAAUGUCAGUUGAAUACAAAUAUGAGAUGAUGCCAAAUCGCACAUGGCGUUGUCGAGUGUUUUUGCAAGAUCACUGCUUAGCUGAAGGUUACGGAACCAAAAAAACGAGUAAACAUGCAGCUGCUGAUGAGGCUUUGAAAAUCCUUCAAAAAACACAACCCACUUACCCAUCUGUCAAAAGUUCACAGUGCCAAACAGGCUCUUCACCCAGGGGAUCUGGAAAGAAGAAAGAUAUUAAGGAUCUUGUCGUUUAUGAGAAUUCUUCAAAUCCUGUCUGCACGCUGAACGACACAGCUCAGUUUAACCGAAUGACAGUUGAAUACGUCUAUGAAAGGAUGACAGGCCUCCGAUGGAAAUGCAAGGUGAUUCUAGAGAGUGAAGUAAUUGCAGAAGCAGUUGGGGUAAAGAAAACUGUCAAAUAUGAAGCUGCUGGGGAAGCUGUAAAAACUCUCAAAAAGACCCAGCCGACUGUCAUUAACAACUUGAAGAAAGGAGCUAUUGAAGAUGUGAUUUCAAGAAAUGAAAUUCAGGGCCGCUCAGCAGAGGAGGCUUACAAACAACAAAUCAAAGAAGAUAACAUAGGAAAUCAGCUGCUGAGAAAGAUGGGUUGGACGGGUGGCGGUUUAGGUAAAUCUGGCGAGGGUAUCCGGGAGCCCAUCUCCGUGAAAGAGCAACAUAAGCGGGAAGGGCUUGGUCUUGAUGUAGAGAGGGUAAAUAAAAUUGCCAAGAGAGAUAUUGAACAGAUUAUCAGAAACUACGCCCGCUCCGAGAGCCACACAGAUUUGACUUUCUCUACAGAGCUGACUAAUGAUGAGCGGAAGCAGAUACAUCAGAUUGCCCAGAAGUAUGGUCUUAAGAGUAAGUCUCAUGGGGUAGGCCAUGACAGGUACCUGGUAGUAGGUAGAAAAAGACGGAAGGAAGACCUGCUAGAUCAGCUCAAACAGGAAGGCCAAGUGGGGCAUUACGAGCUUGUGAUGCCUCAAGCAAAUUGAGAUCUUACUAAUUUAUUUUGUAAAUGCCUAAUGAGGCAGAUUUGUGAAUUGAUAAAAUGCUACAUGUUCUGGUUGCAGAGUAUAUUCAUUCUUAAGAUGUUUCACCUUGUUCAUUUCAUAUAGUGCUUUAUUAGGUAUUGGAACCUAAAGAAUUCUGUCCACUUGUAUUAGCUUAAUCCAGCAGAUGAUAUUGUGCAGUUACUGUUUGUGUCUUUGAUAUGCUGUGUCUCUCGAAUUUUAGUAGUGUGUACAAAGCAGGAACACAUAUCCAAACGGGAUUUCACCCCGAGAAAGGAAUUCCCAUUUUAAAGGGCACAGCACAGCAAUCUGCAACAAUAUGUAAGGUUGACAUUGACGACAAUAAAACUGCAGUCUUAAUUCCAGACUUACUGAAAAUGUCAGAUCAUUUUGUAUUACCUAUUUUCAUCUUUGUGUGAAGCCAGUUAUAGAAUGUUUAACAGUAAAUUGUGCUGUAUGUGUACAUGUCCUUACCAACUAAAUGAUGUAAAACUUUCUUAAAGUAAUUUUAGUGUUCAUUUAUUUAUAACUUCUACCAUGUGGUUUCCAGAAUAUUGGAAGUGACUUACUGUAUCUUGUGAUAUACGAGUUUUAACAAAUCCUAGUCUUCAUGCUGAGAGAGCACUACUUGAGAGAGCAAUUGAAAAGUUUCAGAAACUUUGAUUCAAUCUGAAGAAAGGAAGCUGGAACCGUUUGUUCUUGGUGCCUUGCAGAGAGGCUGACAGCAACUCUCCAUUAUAGCUUUCACACGGUUUGGAUGUCCAGCACAUCCUAGACGGCCACAGCUGUGGUAGAGCUUGGUAAAAGACUGAAGCUACAUUGGUGCUUUGAGGAGAAGGUCAGUUGGCUGGUCCCUCUCUCAAAAAGCUUAUUAGGCCCCAAAAGCCAACUUUGUAACAUAUUUAAAACUGCUAUUUUCACUUAUUUCUGGAAUGUAAAAAAAAAAAAUGUAUAAAAAGAAUUAGUGUUUGCUUCCUGAAUAAAAAGGAGCCGAAGUU